AUGGAAACAAAUCUGGCUCACUGUGGAGAUUCAGAUCUGCUCGAUCUCAUGGCCGAUGGAGAUCCAGAUCUAUUUGCCCCUCUCUUUCUCCUGUCACUCUCAUCCAAACAUCACUGUGAGAGCUCGUCCAAGGUCUAUUGCACAGAGGCGAUGAAGAAGACGGAAAAGGUAGCUUGGUUAAUGUUUCUGGAGAAUCUUAUGGAAGACAAGCAAUUGAAUUUUAACCAACCACUUCUUUCUGUGAGGCGCGUCUCGUCAACAGUGGCCUCAGAAAAAGAUGUUAAAAGGAAAACACGUAAUCCCCACUGCAAUAUACCUCCUGUUCCUUCUUACGAAUCAGAGUUGAAAUCAGGUCCAGUGACCAACCCAGGUGUUGUUCCAUUUAUCUGGGAACAGACCCCUGGAAGACCAAAGGAUGAAAGCAAACCACAAACUCAUGCUAUUGAUCGACCUCCCAUUGUCCCAAAGCUCCCUCCUGGGAGGAUUUUGACAGCUAAACAAUGGCAUUCUGAUAAUGUUCCCGAAGAUGAAAGGGUCACCAAGCAUCAAGGAGGAAAAGUACCUUCUGGUUCACAGCGCGUUCCAUCUUUGGAUGAAAAUGUAACUAAACUGGAAAGUUCCACAGAUAUAAUGGAGGCGAAGGAAAGCUCUGAGUCAGGGGAUGAUGAGGAAACAUAUUUAGAUGCACGUGAUACACUAUCACGAACUGAAUCAUUCUUCUUGAACUGUAGUGUAAGUGGUUUAAGUGGAUACGAUGGUCCAGAUGUUAAACCAUCUGGAACUUUUUCGACUGAUCCACAAACUCGAGACUUUAUNCCCUUUUCUUCUUUCUCUAAUAUUGUGUUAAUUCUCUUAACUUAA